CUAUACUGCGAAUAUCCUUUUUUAUUUAUAGUAGAAAGUUAGUUUAUAAACAGCUUAAAUAUUUUUUAAGCUGUUUUUGAAAAACAUCGAUCAAUGAACAAUUCAAGACAAUCGAUCAAUUUAAUCGAUUAAAUUGCACUGUCCGUGCUGGACAGGGUUGCAACGUCUGUGGGGAAAAAGCGUCCAACAGACAACACUGUUCCAACGGUAAAGUUUUACAGAGCUUGCACUCUUCUAAGAAUUUUUACUGCGGAGUUCGGACGCGAAAACGAAAAAAAAGCAAUAUGCGAGUUUUAAACAGCGGAAAAUCCAAUAAUUCGGGUAGCCGCUUAGGCGUUUCCCUUAAAACACCAAAGCCAUACAUGCAGCAGCCACUAAGCGAUCUGCGAAAGAAUCUGCAGGGCAGAAGCUAUGUGCAGCAGGAAUGUGUGCAGCAAAUUUUGAAGGAUAAGAUGAAAGUAUCCGUCAAAAAUAUGGAUCUCUUAAUGGAGAAGGUCUUGUGGGACUCGGCCGAGGAUCGCUUUGCCACCGUUACUGGCUGGACCACGGUGUCUAUUUCGAACUGCGCCGACAUAUCAGAUGAGUCGAUCAUGGUGGCGCUGAAAUGGCUUUUGCUGCCCAUCGAUGUGGACAUAUUUAAUUUUCGCCGCAACUGGGACGAGGACAACGGGUCGAGCGGCCAAUUCCAGGUGGACAGCAUGCUGGUCGCCAAUCGCCUGAUGCGCUUGCAAAACAACUGCUACGUGCUCUACUCGCCGAAGAAAAUUGAAAUGAAACUUUCCGAUGGUCUGCCACAGGAGGUAUUAAAUACGGUGGUCAACGGACCGUUCGUUGAGGCGGUGCUGGAAGCUGUUAAGUCUCGCUACGAUAACACCACUCAUACCUUGAACCUGUCCCGGUUUCAUGCCAGUCCGGCAUUGGCCAAUCACUUUUGCCCAUUGCACGUGGAGAAGUUUCUCGAGACUGUUCUGCUUGCGGUGAGAAAAGCCUUGCCCAAGGUUCGUACCAUAGUGCUUUCCAACAACUAUCUAUGCACCUUGAAAGCGUUUGAAUCGGUCGGUCGGUUUGAGGCCCUGGAGGGCUUAGAUAUCAGCUUCAACAAGAUCAAAGAUUUGGAAGAACUCCAAUACCUCAUCGAAUAUGAUUUAAAGCGUCUCUUUGUGGCGGGAAACGGUGUGACCAAGUGCAACACCAACCAGUUUCGAAGCGUGCUGCCUUCGCUGGAGAAUAUCCACGGCUGUGUGUUGUCCAAGGAAAAGAAUUUCAUAUUACCCGGUCCCAGGAGAUUUCAAAGCGCAGACGCUAAGGGACCAAACUUCUGCAUGCAUUUUCUAACCAUGUACUACAAUUACUUCGAUGAGCCGAAAAAUCGGUCGGAGCUUGAACAAUUCUACCAUGGGGAUGCCAUAUUUUCGCUGAGUGUUUCCGAGAAAUUGAACUUUGUCCCCUACAGGAUGUACAAUCGCAACCACAAGAGCUCUCAAUCGACGUUUGCGCGCAACGCCAAGCUGCAGCACAACAGCUCGGCCAUAAUACUCGCUCUAAGUCGGCUGCCCAGGAUGCAGACCGACCAGCAGAACACAUCCCUGGAUGUACUGGUGUAUGAAGCCAACCUGCGCAUCUUCGCGUUCACUGGAUCCUUUACAGAGAAGUCUGUGGUCGGCAGUCACGUGCGCUACUUUCAGCGCGUAUUUGCUCUCCGCCCCUUGGGAAACCCCGGAUGGACAAUAGUCAAUGACAUGCUCAGUAUCAUGUGCAACAACCCAAAAUCCAAGGACUCCAAGGUGCCCUUGGUGAGCAUCGUUUGCAUUGAUGAUUGUGGGCCGAUGCUAAGCGAUCCCGAAGAGGAAACUAAGGAAGUUUUGGAGCUGAGCUUGUGCAUGCCGAAAAUGGCCAUUGAAUCGAAGGAGACAUUCGAAGAGAUGCCGCCUCUAGUACCAAUAGCUAAGAUGGUAUACAAACCUGAAGAGGACUUGGAGAACGAGAUCGACGAAACGAUCGUAUCUGAUGAGGAUACCUUGGAACUGGUCAUCGACGAGGACGUACUCAUUGGAGACGAUUUUUGAUUAGUUUUAAACAAGUUAACAAGGAUUAGGUUAAGAUCGUUUAUCUGUUAUCUAGACUAAGAUCGUUCAUAAGUCGUCAAGCUCAUACCGAAGAAAAUAAUCUCUAACCAACUACUGUUCUCCCAAA